UUGUCAACAACAAACAUGGCGGUCAGAACCCUUGGUGUCGUGUUGGCAGUAAUAACAAUUUGCAGUUCUGCAAAAUACAAGCAAGGAGAAAAGGUUGUUCUUUAUGUAAACAAAGUUGGUCCAUACUUCAAUCCACAUGAAACAUAUCACUACUACCAGUUACCAGUUUGCCGUCCCAAGAAGAUAGAACACAAAAGUCUGACCCUGGGAGAGGUGCUGGAUGGAGAUCGAAUGGCCGUGUCACUUUAUGAAAUCAAUUUUAAACAGAAUGCAGACAAAAAAGAGUUGUGUAAGGUGACCUUCAAAGAGAAUGACCUUCAGCUACUGAGAGAUGCCAUUGAAGAUCUCUACUACUUUGAGUUUGUUAUUGAUGAAAUUCCAGUGAGAGGUUUCAUUGGACACCUUGAGGAGGGGGGAUUCCUGCCCCACAACCAUAAAGUAUUCCUCUGGGCACACCUGAGUUUUCAUAUUGAAUACAAUGGUGACCAGAUAAUCUUCGCCAAUGUGUCGACAAAGGAACAGGCCCCUGUCAGUCUUGACGCCGUGUCAGCCCCGUUUGAGGUUUCCUUCACCUACAGUGUUAAAUGGACUCAAACAAAUACACCUUUUGAAGAGCGUGGAAAGAGAGUCAGAGACACAAGUUUUUUCCCUAAAUAUUUGGAGAUCCACUGGUUGUCCAUUAUCAACUCCAUGGUGUUAGUUUUUCUUCUCAUUGGCUUUGUGGUCAUCAUUCUGACUCGAGUGUUAAAAAGUGACUUUGCCCGAUACAAUGUGGAUGAUGAGGAUGGUGAAGAUCUGGAUUCAGAUGAAAACGGAUGGAAGAUUAUCCACACUGAUGUAUUUAGAUUUCCACCACAGAAAAAUCUGUUUUGUGCAAUAUUAGGUGUAGGAAGUCAGUUUUUAGCUCUGGCCACUGGUAUAAUGCUGAUGGCUGUUCUAGGAAUGUUCAAUGUACAUAGACAUGGGGCUAUCAACUCAGCAGGAAUAGUACUUUAUGCCUUUACAUCCUGUAUAGCGGGGUAUGUAGCCACCAACACCUACAAGAAGCUGGGUGGAGAAAGCUGGGUCUGGAACAUCAACCUAACCUCCUGUCUGUUUGCUAUGCCCUUCUUCCUUAUAUGGGCAGUGAUUAACUCUGUGGCAUGGGGAUACGGAACAACUCAAGCUUUACCAUGGACUACAGUCGUCUUACUGAUGUGUCUCUGGCUCUUUGUUGGAUACCCUUUGACUGUGAUUGGUGGAAUUUUUGGUAAAAAUUGGGCCCAUGGAUUUGAUGCCCCCUGUAGAACUAAAAAUAUUGCUCGUGAAAUACCACAAGUUCCCUGGUAUAGAUCAGCUUUUGCUCACUGUGUAGUCGGAGGGUUCUUGCCAUUCAGUGCGAUUUCUGUUGAGAUGUACUACAUAUUUGCCACCCUGUGGGGACGUGAGCAGUAUGCGUUAUACGGGAUUCUGUUCAUCGUGUACGCCAUUCUGAUUGGGGUCACUGCCUGUAUCUCUAUCGCCCUGACCUACUUUCAGCUCUCAGCUGAGGAUUAUCGAUGGUGGUGGAGAUCCAUAUUCAGUGCAGGAUCCACUGGAAUUUUUGUCUUUCUGUAUGCCUUGUUUUACUACUUCAAGCGGUCCAACAUGUCGGGUGCCUUACAGACUAUUGAGUUUUUCGGCUACACUUUUCUCACAUGUUACGUCUUCUUCUUGAUGCUGGGGACUGUCUCGUUCUUUGCAUCACUGCAUUUUGUACGAUACAUUUAUGUGAACUUGAAAAUGGACUAAAAGCGUUGAAAUUGAAUUUUGAUUGUGUGACACAAGCAUGUUACUUCUUUGUAAGAUGUCUAUCAGUCAGAUUUAUUUAUAAAUGUAUUCCUUGGCUUCUGUUAGAAAAUCAUGUUUUAAUUCUUCAUUUUCUUACUUUGAGCUCAUGUCACCUUGACUAAAUUAAAAAAAAAAAUCUGCUUAAUGAGUUUUCAGCCAUGGAUUUAUAGAUAUUGUAUAGUAAAAAAAAAAAAAUCACUUCAUUUUUCUAUGACUACAUUAUACUCAUGUAUGCCAUACUGGAACAUGUUGAAAAUUCAUUUUGGGGAUUUUCUUGUAAUGGCAGUGUUCAAAACUCUAGUUUUUUCAUGUUUUGUCAUGAAAACAUUUUUUUUUUUCAUAUUUCUUUCUAAAUGUCAUUAUCAACUUUAUAUUGUGUAUUAACACAGCUUCAAUGAGUGUGUACCUAUACAUUAUUAAAACACACACACACACACAAUUUAAAAAAAAACUAUAUAUGGUAAAGGCAUAAUUCUGCCCUCAUAAAAGUCAAACUUUUUUUAUAAUUUAAAAUAUGCACAAUUGUAUGAAAUAUCAUCUGAAUGUGAAAUAUAUUGUAGAUUAGAGGAAGAUUUUUGACUAUUUUUGUCUCUUAGACAUCACAGUCUCAUUGGAUUAAUAUGAUAUCUUGAGAAAGGGGAUGAGUGGACAAAUGGUUAAUUUUAAUUACAGAAUGGACACUGGGUUAGGUAGAGUAUUCAUACUUUUCAUGGAUAUCAUUCUACACAUUAGCAACAUUAUCAACAUUGGUUGAAAGAUUGAGACCAAUCUGACAUGCGCUCUAUGUAACCGGUGUUGAAAUAAAUGCCAUUUUCUCACAAAAUUAUAAACAUUUUAAAAUUUACAUCAUUUUUGUGACAUCUUGUUUAAUGCUCUUAAUAUUUUUCCCUUUCCUUUUUGUUAAGUCACUUUUUAAAUUAUUUUUAUAGUUGACCAAGUGAUAAAAUAUUACAAAUCAUGUUUUUGUUGAGAAAUGAUGCAGUAUUAAUGUAUCAAUUGAUUAGAAAAUACUGCCCUUUUUCACCCAUGUGCAAAAUGGUGGUAAUUGUUUCUGAAAAAGUUUAACUUCAAUUACACUUAAAAGUAUUUAACACUUUUUUUGAAUUGGCUCACACUUGUUCAUAGUUAUGAUUUGUUUAAGGUAUGAAGUGGUGUGAGUGCGAGGAAUAUUUGUACACAGUAGUCAUUAUUUACAACUGUUGUUACCGAUUAUGAAUGACAAUACAUUGACAUUUUGGUUGAAUUACACCCGAUAAUGACUACUCUCUAAUGGCUUAUGGUGACUGGGACUCGUGCUUAACAUUGUGGUUGAUAUUUAUAAUCAAAGUAGAUAAAAACUUUAAAAGUGGAAACUUAAAGAUUGCAUUUAAUCAAUACACUUUUCACUUGAAACUUAAAAAACAUACAAGUACAUAGUCUGGCAUUGAACAGGAAGCUUCAAGGUUGUUUAAGAAUCAAAAACAAGUCUAAAAAAUUAAAGUGUUGGUAUUUAAUGUCUAUGAAUUAAAUUGUUUAUCUACUUGCCAUACAAACAAUCUAUUUGGAUUUUUUGAAAGAAAUUACAUCUGCAGACAUAACAAGACUGUGACAUUUCAUCAUGAUAUUUACCAUCAAGGGUUUUAGGGAUGUUAUAACAUGUUAUUUUAAGUUCUUUGAGUGUUGAUGAUGUUUUUACAUAGUAAAUAUUAUAUCAGUUAUUCAUUAUUUAAGACCUUUUUAUAACAUAGAUAAGACUUCAUCUUUAAAAUAAAUUUUAAAAAAAUACAUGUAUAAAAAAAAAUUCCCCUAAAAAAA